AUGGGGGUUGGAGCCCCUGCUUGGAAUACUCUUGGAACUCAUGUGAAUAUUGUUAAUUCUUUGGAAGGCAAUUUAGACUUAACUCUUCACUGUAAAUCUAAGGAUGAUGAUCUCGGAGCUCAUCUUCUUCAUCAUGGUGGUAACUUUGGUUUUAGUUUUAAUCCUAAAUUUCCAAUUGGCACUACUCUAUUCUUCUGUUCCUUUCAAUGGAAUGGUGAAAAAUUACAUUAUUUUGAUAUAUUCAUCAGCGGUGAUUACGGUAGAGCUGAUUGUGAUUACUGCAAUUGGAGUAUAUUUAAAUCAGGACCAUGCAGAAAUAGAGAUCCGAUGCAACGUGUUUGCUUUCCAUGGAAUAAGUAA